UACUCCUGCUGCUAGGCAGCUCGGGUCGGUUGAAGCUAUAGCCUACUUCUCACGUGUCUGACUUCGCAUUAUGCCAUUCGCGAUGAGCGAAUCAUUCAUUUCCAAGAUUAAAAUUUCUCUUUUUCAACAGUCCAGUUGAAGAAAUCUUCUGUCCGAGAAUGGGAGAACUAUCCAGUCGGUCCCUCUAGUCAUGAUACGUUUUUUGACACUGCUCGGCAAGUCGCGCCCCAGCAGCGAAGAACAGUCUGUUACAUUAGCAUCUGUAGGUCAGUGUACUAUCUGAACACGAACCUGGCCACACCACGGCAUCCAAAGGUUGUGAAGGUUCUGUCCCGGGGGAGCAGAGGGGGACAAAGGUUUUAACAGAGACGCUUUCUGUCCUGUGAUCAUGAGGCCAUUCUGGGCCCUACGGUUGUGGAGAAAGGUGUUUUUGGUAAUAGCCUGCAUCUCUACCUUGCUCUGCGUCUUCCACAUGAACAGCAAGCCCCCGCCGGAUAAUAGCUGGCUGGAGUUUGGCAACGAAACCCCAGAGGACGCCUGCAACUGCACCAAGCUCCUGCAGGAGGACCCCGACGAAAUCGACCGCGCCAAGAUCCUCUCCGUCAUGGUCAGCUUCCGGGCGCAGACCAAGGUCACGGACACGAAGUUCAUGGAGCUGACGGAGGACUGCGAGACCUUCCGCGUCCUGCGGAAGUACGUGCCGUUCCCCCUGAGCCCGGAGGAGGCUGCCUUCCCCAUCGCGUACUCCAUCGUCGUCCACCACAAGAUCCAGACCUUCGAGCGGCUGCUGAGGGCCGUCUACGCGCCCCAGAACCUCUACUGCGUCCACGUGGACAGCAAGGCGUCGGCGUCGUUCCUCGCUGCCGUGGAGCUCAUCGCCUCCUGCUUCGACAACGUCAUCGUGGCCAGCCGCCUGGAGAGCGUGGUGUACGCCAGCUGGAGCCGGGUGCAGGCCGACCUCAACUGCAUGGGCGACCUGUACAACCACACCGCCCCCUGGAAGUACUUCAUCAACCUGUGCGGCCAGGACUUCCCGCUGAAGACCAACCUGGAGGUGGUGCGGACACUGCGGGCGCUGCAGGGGAAGAACAGCCUGGAGACGGAGAAGACCGUGCCCUCCAAGGAGCUGCGCUGGAAGAAACGGCACGAGGUGGUGAAAGGCGUCAUCAGGAGGACGGAGAAGAACAAGGCCCCGCCCCCCAUCACGACGCCCAUGUUCUCGGGCGGGGCCUACAUCGUGGUCAGCCGAGCGUUCGUACGCUUCGUGCUGGAGGACCCCAGGGCGCAGCAGCUGAUCGAGUGGUCCAAGGACGGCUACAGCCCGGAUGAGUUCCUUUGGGCGACGCUGCAGAGGAUGCCCGGGGUCCCGGGGUCGAUCCCCAGCAACCACCGCUACGACGUGACGGACGUCAACGCCCUCGCCCGGCUGGUGAAGUGGCAGUUCUACGAGGGGGUGGAGUCGAAGGGCGCCAUGUACCCGCCCUGCAGGGGCCAUCACGUGCGCGCCAUCUGCGUCUACGGCGUCGGCGACCUGGGCUGGAUGCUGCAGAAGCCGCAGCUCUUUGCCAACAAGUUCGACACCAACUCUGACCUCAUCGCUGUGCACUGCCUGGAGAAAUAUUUGCGGAACAAGGCCCUUCAGGAAAUGGCCCCAUUGCCCAGGUCCCGAUCCAUUAUUGCAUUAUUGGAAUUUGGCAGACGCUCUUAUCCAGAGCGACAUACAGUUGAUUAGACUAAGCAGGAGACAAUCCUCCCCUGGGGCAAUUCAGGGUUAAAGGCCUUGCUCAAGCGCCCAACGGCUGUGCGGAUCUUAUUGUGGCUACACCGGGAUUAGAACCACCGACCUUGUGUGUCCCAAUCAUUUACCUUAACCACUAUGCUACAGGCCGCCCUGUAUAACACUUUAACAUCACAGUCCCAGCUGAACAUUAGCAUCACGCUAACCCCAGCCCAACAUUAGCAUCACGCUAACCCAGCCCAACAUUAGCAUCACGCUAACCCAGCCCAACAUUAGCAUCACGCUAACCCAGCCCAGUGUUAGCAUCACACUAACCCCAGCCCAGUGUUAGCAUCACGCUAACCCCAGCCCAGUGUUAGCAUCACGCUAACCCAGCCCAGUGUUAGCAUCACACUAACCCAGCCCAGUGUUAGCAUCACACUAACCCCAGCCCAGUGUUAAAAUCAUGAUCAGCCCAGUGUUAGCAUCAUGUUAACCCAGCCCCAAGAUAGCAUCACGCUAUCCCCAGCCUAGUGUUAGUAUCAUAUUAACCCCAGACCAGCGUUAGCAUGACAUUUUCUCCAGCCCAGAAUUAGCAUCCCAUUUGCCCCAGUCCAGUGUGAGCAGGUUAGCGUUGCUUUUACUGUAUGUUUGUUGUUGUUUUAAAGCCCUUGUUUUAGCUGGUGCUCAGAAUGCUGGUGGCAGGCGAUAUGAUGACGACUAUAUGUUUAGAACAGCAGUCCAGGUGUAUUUUUCUAGUUCUGGAUGUGAUGCUUUGACUUGUGGUAGAACCUAUGCACUUGUAAGUCGCUUUGGAUUAAAAGCGUCUGCCAAAUGACUAAAAUGUAAAAUGUAAAAUGUAAAUGUGAGGGUGGUGAUGGCUGUGGCAGGCAGUGGAGGCAUGGCUGCUUCUCUGUUUCCUCUGACCCACUUUAAGUGCCUACAGCAGCCUAAUAUGGAAAGUUUGGCUUUCAGUUGAGCUGCCCACAGGGGCCACUUCUGCUUAAGGUGUCUGCACUUUCCACUUCUUCUUCUGGAUGUUGUUUUUGCUAUAGUUACAGCUGGGUUACUCACACGGGGGACUUGUGGUCUUGUGGCUGCUGGUUGCUUGCUGAGUUUGACGAAGACGUCCGACGAAGAAGUCCCAGCGAUGCGCUCGCCUGGGCUAAACUGUGGAGGUGUAUUACCCAGCCCAUGUUGGGGGGACUAUGGCUGGACCCCAGUACCAGUGUGCUCAUGAGCACAGCUGAAUGAGCUGAACAACUGAGGAUAACGGCACCAUGGGGAUGCCCCUAAAUAUGAAACAUGGACUGAAGUAAAAAGAGCUGUUCUUUUUCUCUGGCUGAAUCAGUAAUCCUGUUUGGUGGAACAGACCCCUGAUGGGAUGAAAGGUUAAGUUGCCUCAUUAUAUUUACAUCUAAAUAUGAAUCCCUGUUCCUGAAAUACCUGUGUUUGUUAUGAGUACAGGCAUAGCUGUAUAUGUGUUUUGGUUUUGUGUAUAGGUGCUUGUAGAAUCUCUGUGGAUUUACAAAGAGAGAUAUUUAUCUGGUUCUUCAUCCUGCAAGGGUGAAAACAAUGGUCUUUGCCCAGUCCGGAGUGCUACUGGGGAUAUACCCGGUCUUUGUCCAGGCCAGAGUGGUAGUCUUCAGAGUUAUCCAAUUAAUCUGUUCCAGGGUACUCCGAUUUCCUCCCACAGUCCAAAGACAUGCAGGUUAGGCUGAUUGGAGAGUCUAAAUUGCCCAUAGGUGUGAGUGAAUGGUGUGUGUGCCCUGCGAUGGACUGGCGACCUGUCCAGGGUGUAUUCCUGCCUUUCGCCCAAUGUAUGCUGGGAUAGGCUCCAGCCCCCCUGCAACCCUGUUCAGGAUAAGCGGGUUAGGAUAAUGAAUGAAUGAAUGAUUGAGGCUCUUCAGGCAUCACUGUCACCAAGAAGGAUUCUUAUUCAAAUGGAUCAGUGAGAAUAUGACUAAAUGUUUGUUGAACAUACGUUUCUACUAUUUAUGAAAAUGUCUGCCUUUGACUUGUCUUUGCUGAAUGAUUUUUUUGUAAAUAAUAAACAAAUAAGAACAUA